AUGACCUCCCUAGAUCCUUGGCGCGAUAGCGCCCCCACAGGUGACUGUGGUGGGAACAGACCUCUUGGUACCAACAAGAAUCCUAAAAAACCAACUGAUAGCUCUCCAAUAAGAAAAGAUUCUACUGAAGUGAAUGAAAGCAGCAACAGUGUUUCAUCUGAGGAACAGAAUGUUAUGACAAAGAAAAUUUCAAAUGAAGACACAAAUGUCUUGCAAGAAAACACUUCAAAUGAAGAAACAAAUGUCUUGCCAGAGGAAACUUCAGCAGAAGUUACCAAUAAAGAAACUAUAGAAGGAAUUCACGAAAAGUUUAAAGGCUAUAAAGAACUACCAGUGGAGCACUUAGUUCAACCUGAUUUCAUCAACCUACUUAGAGAGCCAGACAAAAAGCAUGUUAAAGAACUGGAAGAGGAAUUUCUUUUAAGACCACAUAAUUACUUUCAGUUGAUGGUUGUCAACAUCUGUGGCGAUUUUGAUACCAACUACGAUAAAUGCCAUCUAGAAGUUAUUGGAGGCAACCACUCUCGACAAGCACUCCAAAACUUAUUAAAAAGGGAUGAUGUAACGAACAAAUCCCCAUUUGAAUUGAGAAUGUGCCUUAUAUACCAAGAUCUUAGCCCUGAUGAGGCAAAGUACAUUGCCAAUCAGCACAAUGAAGUUAGAAAAUUGGGAAGUGAUUUGGAUUUGGUCAACAGGGCGACCUUUUUUAGGUAUGCUUUGUUCGAAAAAUCUGGAAUGAAGUCUGCCCCUGAGACAAUCGCCACUCAAACACCAACAGCUAAAGAUGUAAUUAGAAAAUGGAAAAAAGGAUUAGAAAUAUGCAUGGGAUCAAUCAGUAGGAAAACACUAAACAACAGAUUUGGAUUCGAAAUGCGGUUAGCUCAGCUUCCAAGUGAAGUCUGGGAAACAUUUCUUAAAUGUGUCGAAAAACUAAAGCGGGAAAGAAAGAUAGCGAAAGUGAGCGGAAGGCUUCUGAAGCCAGUGGAUGGAGUGAAAGACACCGUCCUCCUAAACACAUUUCUUCAGAAGUAUAUUGAGGGUGAAAUCAAUUUUAAGGAGUUGACUGUUCUUUGCAACAGGUCAAAAAACUGCGAUGAAGAUAGUUCUUUAAACACAGAACCUGAGAAGUCAUCUGAUUUGCAAGUGGAAGAAGAGGCAAUGAAUCAGACCCAGGAACUGGAUCAAGUUGAUAAAAAUCAAGAAGAUGAAGACUCGGUCAACUACAAAAUCAUGUACAUAGCAUUGAAGGAAAGAGAAGCCAAACACUGUGAGGAGAUCAAUGAUCUAAAAAUGAAAACGAAGAAACUGGAGGAUAAAAUAGAACUGAUUUCAGUGGAGAAAAAUAAAAUAAAAGAGGAACUUUCAGAGAGAAAUGCAAAAGCAGAACAACAUUUACAUGAAAUAAUUUCACUGAGGGAAAAAUUAAAUAAAGCUACAAAGGAGUGCAGAAUGAUGAAAGAAAUGCAAGAAAAAUCUUGCAGCAAAAGGAAGAAGUUAAAAUGUCAAUUUCAUAAUACAGAUUCCACAGAAGAUCUGGACAUUCCACCACCAAAGAAAAGCGCUCUCAAGCCAGAUCAGUGGGAUUUCAAAGAGGGUCAUGAAGAUGUUAAAAAGAAUAUGGUUGUGGCCAUUAAGCCAAUCAGAAAGAGGGAUAUCAUCGAUGGGGAACCUUGGUUGGCACUUGUCAAUGAAGUCGCGAAAUCUAAAUUGAAGGUUUCUUGGCUAACAGGAAGUUACAAUUCCACAUGGGAACUCAACCCUGAAUUUCUUGGAUGUGACCCAGAUGUUGUCCAGAACACACGUGUUGCCUGCAGAUUUAAUUUCAUUCCAGAGAAAGUUCUGCCUGAAUAUAUCAUAGAUAAGCUCAAAGCAAUCUUUAAGAACUAA